AUGAUAAAUUUGGAAAAAGAUGCUAAUAACAGUACUAUUGUUGCCAUUGAACGUAGUAAUAGACUAGGUGUAAAAUAUGGAAUCGAUCCAAAUAUUGUCGAUAAAUUGACAUUAGAAUAUAUUUUCGAUGCAGAAGAUUUCAAUAAAAUCAUAUUACCAGAUCAAACAAUAAAUCAAGAACCAAUUUAUUGGAUUAUCUUAGAUUGCGACACUGAUACAAUUCUAAAACAAACACAAUCACGACCUACAAGAGAUAUUUGGGAAAUACGAAACGCUUUAAACUACUGUCAGCAACGUUUUCGUCAUUUGAGUGCUCAUUUUGGUAUACCGUUUGUUGAUACAACACAACGAACAUUGGAACAAGUUUAUGAUGAAGUACUUGAUACCGUUAGAAAAUAUCAGACUAUUAUCGAUAUUAUCGCCAAAUGGGUACUCAAAUGCUUAAUUAAU